CUUGGAAGGGAAUCAGAAAGAGUGGUUUGCAGUAAGAGAGGUGUUGUACAUGCAUGUACAUUGUAGAGAAUACAUCUUCAUAUACAUGUAUAUAUGAGUCCUUUCAUUGAGUAGGCAGUAGGUGUUUCAGUGAGCUGAAAAGAUUCUCAAGAAGGAAGACGAGUACACAGGGCCAAGAUGGGUUCCUUGUACCGUAGUGAGGGGAUGUGCCUGGCCCAGCUAUUCUUGCAGUCUGAGGCGGCCUAUGCAUGUGUAGCAGAGUUGGGAGAACUGGGUCUGGUCCAGUUUAGAGAUUUAAAUCCAGAUGUGAAUGCUUUCCAACGAAAAUUUGUCAACGAAGUGAGGCGGUGUGAUGAGAUGGAAAGGAAGCUACGAUAUCUUGAGAAGGAGAUCCUGAGAGCUGGUAUCCCUAUCUUGGAUACUGGAGAAAACCCUGACGCGCCUGCGCCGAGGGAGAUGAUUGAUCUAGAGGCCUGCUUUGAAAAGCUGGAGAAUGAACUAAAGGAAGUCAACACCAACCAAGAAGCACUCAAGAGGAACUUCUUGGAGCUGACUGAGCUCAAGCACAUCCUGCGCAAGACCCAGCACUUCUUUGAUGAGGCUGAAUUCCACCACCAGCAGAUGCACGAUGGUGACGGCAUGGAGGAAGCUCACAAGCUGCUAGGGGACGACGGACCCAUGAUUGGACGCACUAUGAGACUGGGAUUUGUUGCUGGGGUUAUCCAGCGUGAACGCAUCCACGCUUUUGAGCAGAUGUUGUGGCGUGUUUGCCGUGGCAACGUGUUCCUCCGUCAAGCUGAGAUCGAUACUGCCCUAGAGGAUCCAAGCACCGGAGAUCAAGUCCAGAAGUCUGUCUUCAUCAUCUUCUUUCAGGGAGACCAGCUCAAAAGCAGAGUCAAGAAGAUAUGUGAAGGGUUCCGUGCGACUCUAUACCCCUGCCAUGAGACUCAGGCAGAGCGAAGGGAGACGGCCAUUGGUGUCAUGACUAGGAUAGAGGAUCUACAAGUGGUCAUAAGCCAGACAGAUGAGCAUCGUCAGCGCGUCCUGGUCUCUGCUGCCAAGAACGUGCGGGUGUGGUUCAUCAAGGUACGCAAGCUCAAGGCCAUCUACCACACCCUCAAUCUCUUCAACCUGGACGUCACCCAGAAGUGCCUCAUCGCGGAAUGCUGGUGUCCAAUCACCGACUUGGACAAGAUCCAGAUGGCCCUCAGACGAGGCACUGAGAGAAGUGGCUCAACAGUUCCGUCCAUUCUGAAUCGCAUGGAGACCAGCGAAGACCCACCGACGUAUAACAAGGUCAACAAGUUCACCUCCUGCUUCCAGAGUCUGGUCGAUGCCUAUGGUGUUUGCACCUAUGGAGAGGUCAAUCCAGCUCCUUUCACGAUCAUCACCUAUCCGUUCCUCUUCUCCAUCAUGUUUGGGGAUCUCGGUCACGGCACGAUCAUGUUCCUCUUUGGACUGUGGCUGGUGUUGAGAGAGAAACAACUCCACGCCUCCCUAGCCAACCAUGAGAUGUUUGGCACUGUGUAUGGAGGAAGGUACGUACUGAUGAUGAUGGGCUUCUUCUCGAUCUACACUGGCUUUGUCUACAACGACUGCUUCUCCAAAUCAUUCAACAUUUUUGGAUCCACCUGGAACGUGUCUGCUGCAGAUUAUUCUCACGAACUAUUGGAACAGGACAUCUCCCUUGUCUUGGAUCCAAAGUUGACUUUCAAUGAAACAGACCCUUAUCCAUUUGGAGUAGAUCCAAUUUGGCAGCUGGCCUCCAAUAAGAUCAACUUCUUAAAUUCCUUCAAGAUGAAGAUGUCCGUCAUCUUUGGGAUUGGUCAGAUGUUGUUUGGAGUCAUUCUCAGUCUCUUCAACCACAUGCACUUCAAGAGGUCGAUCAAUAUCUGGUGCGAGUUUCUGCCCCAGUUGAUAUUCAUGCUCUCCAUCUUCGGCUAUCUGGUGUUUCUCAUCUUCUACAAGUGGCUCUUCAUCGAUGUUUGGAACAUGCAUAAUGCCCCCAGCCUCAUCCUCACCCUCAUCAAUAUGGGACUUCUGACUCCACCCGAUCCAGUCAUGUUCCCCGGUCAGGUGGAAAUCCAGAAGAUUUUGAUCAUCAUCGGUGUUGCAUGCAUCCCUUGGAUGUUGUUUCCUAAACCUAUAAUUAUGAAGUUACAGCACGACAAGAAAGUGAAGAAGGCUGUGAUGUAUCGUGACGUACGUAUGCUGUCGGGUAAGAGUGAGGAGACUGCCGAGGUACUGCAUCAUGAUGAACUAGAAGCAGAGACAAGCGGUGCCGCUCACAAUGCUUCAAAGGAUGAUGAUUUUGAUUUUGGUGAUACAUUCGUCUACCAAGCUAUCCACACCAUUGAGUACUGCCUUGGAUGUAUCUCACAUACAGCAUCUUAUCUACGACUCUGGGCUCUCAGCUUGGCUCACGCUGAGUUGUCUGAAGUGCUGUGGAACAUGAUGCUGGCUAUAGGUCUGAGGAUGAACGGGUAUGUGGGAGCGUUUGCAAUCUGGGCCAUCUUCGCUAUAUGGGGUGUCCUGACAAUCAGUAUCCUCCUCUUCAUGGAGGGACUGUCUGCCUUCCUUCAUACUCUGCGACUUCACUGGGUGGAAUUCCAGAGCAAGUUCUUCAAAGGAGAAGGAUACGCCUUCAUCCCGUUCUCCUUUGAUAUCAUCCUUCAGGCCGAGGAAGAGUAAAUCAUCGUCAUCAUCAUACAUCUCAAAUUCGUCCUAUCCCAAUAUAACUGUUCCCAAGCCCCAUAAGACACAGAUAACCUUGCAGCAGAAUUGCCAAAUCUUUCUGAAAACCAAUACUUAAAAUUACAAAUGUAAUCACUUGAUAUACUUUACUAUGAAAUACAUUCAGCAGGUGGCGUGUGUUUCUAAAUUUGUAUAGAUUGUCAUUACUAGAUCUUGACCUUUUAAAGUGAACUAUGAACCUGUAAAGAGUUCCAAGGAUGAAAGAAUUCAUCUGCUUGAUUUCCGACGUGAAUGUAUUGCAGCUGAACACCUGCAUUUUGAAUGAAUCAUACAUUUUAUUCAGAAAUGUAAAGAAAUCUGUGAACAUUGACAAAAUAACAUCUGUAACCCUGAUCCAUUUUGUAGAUCACUCCGUGUUUUACCAUACUUCUGAACCAAGCUAUGAUAGUUACCGACUAUUUCAAUAGCAUCACACCUUAAAGGCAGGGUAAUUUACAAGAUUGCUACCACUGCUUGAAUGUAUUUUCAAUUGCGCCAUCUCUUGGUAACGGCAUACAUAGAGCGAUUUUCCGUUUCCUGUAUCCAAGCAUCAUCACGCACGUGACAUCAGUCGGUGAUGCAUUAUGGGACUUGGCUGUUGAUACAUCGGGACAUUGUGAGCAGCAGAUGGCAGUAUAUAUAAAUCUAAAGAAGUGUCAGUAGAUAACCCUACCUUUAAAGUUACAUUUAUAUUUCGUACAGGACAAAUUUAGAGUGUAUUACGCUCUUUCACCACUAUUAUCUUUUUAUCUGUAACCAUUUGAUCAUUCUACAUUGUGUUGGUAAGAAUAUAGAUAUAUAUUUUGAUUAAUUGAUUAUAUAAUACAAAUGAGAUUAUACUAUAUUUAAAGAGAAUUUGAGAAGUAUUUAUGAUUUUUUUUCUUUGAAUUUGAAGCCAAAUGUUACGUCAGCAUUAUGUGUCUGGAGAAACUCCCCUAUGAAUUUCCUUUUCUUUUUUGUUUCAAACAUUAGAUCCUCACUAAUUAUGUGAACAAUCUGACAGUCUAUGUUUUAAAACAUACUGUUUGUAUUUUGUUUUGUUUAUCUCUUCUUUUCUUUUCUUUUUCACCAUUUUGGACUACAGUAUAUUUUGGGCAAGAGUAAAUGUAUCUUCUUUUUUUUUUGUUCAUGUCUUUUUUUGUCUUUGUCAUAGUAAUUUUUGCUUUUAAAUAUGAAAGCAAACUAACAUUUAUCAUACAUACAUGUACGGUGAGGUCUAAUGGUACUUGUGUUAACAUUCCUUUUUAAAUCACAACAUAAAUUAUAAUUAUAUUUGAGAUAGAGGAAGUAGAACAAAGGUUCUUUUUAAUAUAAUUCUAAUGAAUUGGAGCCUAUAUUGAAAGAUAUUAACAAAAGGAUAUUUACAUAAUGUAUUUUGGAAAUACAGGUAAGGGGAUGAAAGUUGUACAUGUAUUUACACUGCCAUUUUCAUAAAUUGUGUAAAAUUUGGCAAUAUAUAAAUGUUCACAGUAUAUGUAAGCCUUGCAAAUCAGAGGGAGCCAACAUAUUAAUGUACAAAUGAUGACAUUCAGGGAACAAUGUGCAUAAAUGAACACUGGACAUGCUAGAUAUGUAAUUUGUAUGCGGUGUUAAUGAGAUGUUGCAAUAUCUGUAAUUUCACUGCGACAUGUUUUAUUUUUUGUUCGUGAUGAAAAGCCGUGCCUUUCUGAAAAACAAAUCACCUUUUCUGAGGUAGAAGGGCAUCAUGUCACUUAAUUAAUACCUACAUGUAGCUAUUGCACUUCAAGCUUUCAACUAACAAAUUAUUCCCAUGAAUACUUAAGGUAUGAAUGCUAUGUAGAAUAUUAACUAUAUAUUGGGCAUUUGAGAACAUACUAACACUGUAAAUUGAUUUAGAUUUGAUACAUUUUUAUAAAACAUAUCAUUGUUAAAAGGUAUUUCACUGUAGUACACACAACUCACAUACAUUUGUAGAGAAUGUACCCUUGCUAAUGUAUUUUUGUAUGAGCUAUAUGCCAAGGUUCCUCUUCUACACACGUUUUAAAUUCACAACACUUUUAACUCAUUGCUUACAGGAACCUAGUGGUCCCUGUGUUAAGCCUAUGGCAAUAAGAUAAUUCAGUAGCCAAUGAGUUAAGCCUCGUUCAGAUAUGGCGCAGUAUUACCACCAAGCUUGUUUACAUGUAAUUGAAUGGCAAUGCAUGCAACAAAGGACUUCCACAUAUUUGAUUAGCUCUGUGUUAUAAGAUAGAGAAACUUGAAGCAUAUUACACUUACGUCAUUAUUUUUAACAAAAACACUACAUGUCUUGUCUGAACGCACUUUAACUAUGACAUGAGUCAGUUCUCAUUUCUUAAUUGUCACUGUAGAUUUAUUUCAAUAGAUUAUAUGUGUGUUAUGAAUGGCUAAAAAGUGCUUCUUAGACAUAAUACAUCGAAAUGCCUUCUGUGUGUAUUGUAGCGCCAAUCAGUGUAACCCAUGAAUUGUUUCACAAGAGUGUUUUAAGUGCAAGGUCACUUAAUGAAACAUGUGGUAAUUUAAAUAUACACAAUCCAAUCGGAUAUUGGUGAAUUUGUACGUAGGAUAGUUUUGAGAAACGAUGACUAUUACCGGUAGGCUAAAUUUGAUCCAUUCUUAAGAGGAGUGGAAUGAUGACCUGUCUCUUAUUAACUUGAUGAUGUACUGCUUAGCAUAAGGUCAAAAUAUCACCUGGAACUGACUUAAGUACUUCAUAUCUGCAUUUGAAACCAAAAUGGUGAUGUGAUCUUAAUGUAACGAAAGUACUGAUUAAUAAAAGAUAACUCAUGUAGAUUAUACAAA